AACACAGCGAUUAACAAUGUUUUAAAUGGGCAAUACUAACGCGACAUGUGAUAGGGCUGGCGGUAUGUCGUAUAGGAGAAAAUUAUACCAAACAUGAAGAAAAAUAUAAUUUUAGUAACAUCACGUUCCCGACCACGAUGUCAGAUAUUGUAAAAUUUGAAAAACAUAACAUCAACGUGUCCGUUAAUGUUUACGGACUGGAAAAAAAAUACUAACCACUACGAAAAUGUGUCACGUAUGAGUUGUACUCGCUACGUAUCGUUGAUGAGGAGACACUUCGACCUACUGUUGGUGACGGAUGAAGACAAUUCACACUAUAAAUAUAUUUCCAAUUUUUCCAGACUCAUUCGCGCGCAGAAAACUAGACAUACAGAGAGAGUUGUGUUCUGUAAGAGAUGUUUCACGUCAUUCGACAGUCAAAGUUUAAAAUUCAAGUUAGGUGAACAGGCGGGACUGGAGCAACAUAAGCUGAUUUGUGGGGCACAUAAACCUAUAUUACCAUUGAUGCCGAAAGAGGGUGAUUGUCUGAAAUUCGAAGCGUGGAGAAACAUUCAAAGACAUCCACUAGUAAUGUAUGCAGAUUUCGAGACUAUACUGAUGAAGACCGAUGAAAAGAAGGGAAAAAACACUAAUAUAUUACACAGACAUGAAGCAAUGAUCUAUGGGCUCAUCGUUAAGGCGAGCAAUAACGUACCAGUAGAGCUAUUAGCGAGACAUGAGAUACCAACAGAACCAAUAGUAUACCGAGGAAGCGAGAGUCGACUGGACGUGGCGAGGCAUUUUGUCGAAACCGUGACUGAAAUAGCAUUAAAGAUUGAGAAAUUAUUGAAGACGAAUAUUCCGAUAAAAAUGUCUGCGGGUGAUGUUCAGACUCAUGAAGCUACACAGUGCAACCUCUGUCGAAUCAAGAUUACAUCACACACAGAAAUACAGCAUCGUAAGAGAGCUGACCAUUGCCAUCUCUCAGGGAAAUAUCGUCAAGCUCUAUGCUACACGUGCAACCAAAAACUACAAACACCUGUUUUCGUACCGUGCUACUUCCACAACUUAUCAAACUACGACGCGCAGCUGAUAAUAACAGAACUUGGUCAUGACACACAACCAUUAGAGUAAUACCAAACAGCGAGGAAAAAUACAUAUCGUUCUCCAAAUACGUGUCAAAUAAAUUUACGAUACGCUUCAUAGAGACUUUUUGGUUUAUGGCAUCAGGACUGUCAACUCUAGCCAAAAAUCUUGUGACACCGGGUCUGGAGAACUUCAGAGAGACCGCUAAAGUUUUUGACGAAGUCGAUAUGCCGCUCGUGACUAGGAAGGGGGUGUACCCAUACGAGUACACUGAUAGUUGGAAGCGGCUGGAUGAAGAAAGACUACCGAGGAAGAGAGAAUUUUAUAGUUUGUUAAACGAGUCGGGAAUAAAGAAGGAAGAAUUUGAUCACGCGAAGAAGGUCUGAGACCAUUUCGGUUGCAAGAAGUUGGGCGAGUACAGCGAUUUAUAUUUAAAAAUCGACGUUUUAUUGUUGGCGGACGUCUUUGAGAAUUUUCGUGAUGUAUGUAUGAAGACAUACAAUUUGAACGCAACACACUACUUCACCGCACCCGAGCUGAGCUUUGACGCAAUGUUGAAAUUUACAGGUCAAAAGUUGCAGCUGCUGACUGAUUAUGACAUGUUGUUGAUGUUCGAGGAUGGUAUUCGUGGUGGAUUGGUACAGGCAAGCAUGAGGCACGCAAAGGGGAAUAAUAUAAAGACCCCAGACUAUGACAAUACUAAGGAUAAAUCCUGGUUGAUAUAUCAGGACUGUAAAUAUAUUUGUUUUAUUUUUAAUUUUUUUAAAACCUAAACUUUAAACUUUAAACUUUAUAGAUAAUAAGCUCUAUGGUUGGGCUAUGAGUACAUGCCAUAUGGCGACUUCAACUGGUUUGAAUCCGACUUGAACGGAUUGAGUGAGAUGUCGCUAACGUCAGAUAAGAGGCGAGUAUAUGAGGUCGAUGUAUCAUACCCGCAACACUUACACGAUCAUCAUAAUAACUUACUUUUCCUAGCGCAAAAUGGUAUACCACCAGGCUCGAAGGUGAAAAAAUUGAUGGCAACGUUUCAGCAGAAGAGGAAUUAUAUUAUUCAUUAUAGGAACCAGCAGCAGGCAAUAGAAAAUGGGUUGAUAGUUGAUAAAGUGCAUAGAGUUUUAGAGUUCAGUUAGUCUGCAUGGUUGGCAGAUUACAUCAACUUAAAUACUGAGAUGAGGAAGAAGGCAAGGAAUGACUUUGAGAAAGACUUUUUGAAAUUAAUGAAUAACGCUGUAUUUGAUUCGUUAGUAUACCUUAUUAAAACUGAAGAUUUUUACCUGGACCUACUUAACAAUCCUAACUUGAUGGAUAGACUAGACACGGCCUCUUAUCCAUCCAUGCUAUACUAUACAGCUAGGAAGAAGGUGCCAGGGUUCUUCUCCAAUGAAGUAAAAGGACAUACGAUGACUGAGUUUUGUGCACUACGUGCAAAAUCAUACGCGUACAACAUAUACGCAGGAGAAGAGGAUGUGGUGAGAGAUAAGAACGAUAAGGAUAAAGUUGGUGGUGAAAAAAUCAAGGCCAAGGGGAUGGAUAAGGCAUAUGAUAUGUUAAAAAACCAUAUGACGUUGGAGGAUCAUAAAAGGUGUUUGUUUGAUGAAGGUGGAGUGGAGGCAUAUCAAGAGAACGUAUCAAUCAGGUCGUUCAGGCACCAAAUUAUGACUAUAAAAACUAAAAAGUUGACAUAUAACAACUACGAUGAUAAGCGAGUGGUAUUGGUUGAUAAAAUGCAUACCUUAGCUCAUGGACAUUAUAGUAUAGAGUAA